CAUCGACUCUACUUCCCGCUGCGCUACGAGUCGGUAACGAAAAAGAUCAAACCAUGUAUGCAGUCUCCAUAGUGGUCCUGGGCUGGUGCGUAGGUCGGAAAUUUUUUGUUUUCUGUUGCGUUCCCCUUCACACCGCUAGGGCAUUCUAACCUUCAUUGGAUGCUCCGUCGACAUCACGAGGAAGGGAAACCCUAUGAGCUUAUUUCCGAGUGCAUUAAAUAGUCUAGGUGUCUUAAUUAGGUAAUUGGUUGCCCACGGUUUCGGCUUCGACGGUGAUGAUGACGGCAACGAAUAAGUAUUCUUUGGAUCUCCUAUCGAAGUAGUGAUAUUUUCGGCUACCGUGUUGAAUCUAGGAGGUGGUGUGUACGUUGUCUGAGGCCCUUCAGAUCUGGGCAUGUGUCUUGGGUUUGGUCUCAAGGUUCUUCGGCAUGCUCCAUACGGUGGUGCUGUCGUGGACUGCCAAUGGCGUCGACGGUGAGCGCUGACCUUGGGGGUUAGGGUGGGUUUCCCCCGGACAUUUUUUCCCGGGGCAAAGGUUGCGAACUUUUUUUCUAUGUGGGAGACUCCUUGCCACCACAGAUCACUCUCAGGUGGUUCAUGCUCUGUCUAAGUCACAUAAGUGUUUCUUGUGUUGCCAUUACAAACAUGGUAAAAGUUUUGUUCAGGAGAUGAUUCGGGUAUGCAAUCUUUGACCUAUACAAGUCAUCUAUGAUAGAGGCGUUUUCUCCGUGGCAUUGGUCUAGCUGGACCUUAGCAUGACGACUUUCGAACCACAUGAUUUAGUGUCAGGCUGGCUCCGAUGAUGGAGCGGUAGCGACUCGUGCUGAAGACCAAGUUUGUUUGUUUGUCCGAUGACCCUACUGCAAUUUCUUUGUUUUGUAUCGUUGGAAAUUUUUAAUAUAAACCGAUACCUUUAUUAUCCAUACAUCAAAAGAGAUGGUGUAGUUUUCAGGGCAUUUUGAAUCCUUCAUCGGAAGCCUAAUAAAAACAGCCGAAAUCACAUUCUGCUUACUCCCUCUGUUCGUAAAAAAUUGUCUCUCAAAUGGUUGUAUCUAGUACCAUGUUAAUGUUAGAUACAUCCAUUUAAGAGAAAAGCUUGGAACCCAGCACGCGUGGGCAGUUGGCCGAAGAACACAGGACGAACGACGGCGCAUUGCUUUCCAGUUUCCACCAGGCGCCGCACCGGAGAGAAUGAAUCUGCGGUGCGGGACUCCACGCCGCGCGCGCACACCUCCCCCAUGCCUGCGUACUCUACGCAGCAGGGCGCUUUGCUAUUUUUUUUCUUAAUUACUGUAUUAAUUAAUUAAUUAACCCCCCUCCGAAUUGCGGAAUUGGGCAGCAAUUAAUCGUUUAUUCUUGGCGCACUCCAUAUCCGGUCAAUGGCUCGCGGGUUUUCCUUUCGUUUCCAGUCUUUUCUUUUUUGAGCUUUCUUCCUUCCAAUCCUUGGGUCAUCGCCGAUCGACUCAUGAUCGGAGGCGGGUGCCCGGCCAGUAAACCGACCAAAUCCAGGACGCAUACACGGGGGGCGCGUGCCUAUAGCUGCUGGCCUGCGGGCCCGGUGCCACAAACCCAAGGCGGGGGUGUCCAUCUGCUCGCUCGGCACCAGCCCUCUCCUGUUCCCUCCUCCCUCGUUUCUUGGCCAAGAAGAAGUAAGCCAGCACGCCACCUCUGUGAGGUUCUGACGCCUACGGUCCCACACCAGGCCGUCCCAUGCUUUCGCCUACAGUAAUAUAUGUAAAUCCUAUCGUCUCAGUUAAAUCUUCACGGAAUAAAUAUGCAAUUUUACUGUAAAAAUAAUUAUAUGCAGCAAAUGUGCAAAGAAGAAAACGCAACUGGGAGCAGAAUCGAAACACAGGCUCGAAAAGAUUUGCGCAGAGCGCACCACCUACCUAUAAAAGGCGCAUCACCCCGGACGACGCUCUUUUCCUCGCCGCCGCCUCCUCCUCCCACCCCACACUACGCCCCAUUCCCAUCAAUCCAAAUCCAAACAGCACCCCAUGGCGUCGACGAUGCGCCGCCGUGCCGACUGGUUCCUCCACGACUGGGUCGACAGGCUCGACACUCAGCGGCCGCCGACUCCGACUCCGACACCUCCGCCUCCCCGCCCCGCCUCCAGCUCCAAGGCCGGCCGCGGCGGAGCCUCUCCUCCUUCGCCGCCGCGGCGAGCGCCCCGAGUACCUUCCCCGCCACGCCCGUCGGCGCGGCGGGGCCAGGGCCAGUUCCACUACGGGAUCCAGUCAGCCGCGCCACCGCACCGGCUCCAGGCGCGCGUCACCUCCCCGGCGGACCACCGGAACGCCUCCGCGUUCAGGCAGGGGAAUCCGACCUCGCGCUCGCUUCUCCACGGAGGACUGGGCGUCUUCAAUCGGUUCGCUCUCUUGGCGAGUGCGAGCGACUAUGAGAGAGAGUUUCCGGUGCUGACUGCUGCAACUGCAAGCAUCAGCGACAAGGACGCGAAGCAGCGGGGGCAAUCUCCUAAAGCUAUCAAGCAUACGAACGGCAAGCUCCGGGGACGAGGCGUUAGGAGGGCUCCGCAGGUGCAGCACGUUAGGAAGGCCGUCGCCGAGCCCGCGGUCAAGGGAGACGCCCAGCUGGUGGUCAAGGGCGACGCCGAGGCGGUGAUCAAGGCCAAGGGCCACGCCGAGCUGGCGAAGGGCGAGAGCGAGGGCCACGCCAAGGCGGCGACCAAGGCCGAGGGCCACGCCGAGGUGGCGGUCAAGAGCGACAAGGCCGCACGCAAUGUCCCCGACCUCGCCAGCGAGCUCAAUGGCCAGGACUUCUUCGUCGGCUCGAUUCUCGUAAGAUGCGGCGCCCCAGUUUCCGUUGUCGCCGGAGGUGCUGAGGGCUGCCGUCGCGGAGGGCCUGCCGGAGGCAGUGGAGGAGGACCUGCUGGAGGUGGUGAUGGAUGCGGUGGUGGAGGGCCAGCACCCGAUGGCGGCGGAGGCGGUGUGGGAGGAGGAGGACCGGCCGAUGGCGGCGGGGGUGGUGGGGGAGGAGGACCCCCCGGUGGCGGCGGAGGCGGCCCUGGUGACCCCGCCUCCCCAACCACCCUAUCCACAGCGUCUUCCGUUCGCCAGAUGCCAACGGGCAGGCUGUGGCGUCGACGCCCUGUUCUUCUGCUCGGAGUGUGGGCUGGUUUGCUGUCCGGAGCACGUCUGCCCGGACUGCACCGUGCCACUCUCCGAGCUGCCGGCGCCUCGUCUCUCGGUGCCGCAGGUACAAAUCUACCAGCCCUUUCAGUACCCACCCACUCUUCAGCUCUUCGUCGGCGCGUCGCGUGUGGGAAAUCGCGUUAGUCACUACUUUGCAAGACCCCAGGAUGUGUUUGGGCACGGUGAUAUCAUUGCUGGAGAAGCGCAGCACUUUGACAUGCAGGGUCUUUGGAUGGUUAGAUCUGUCCGCGAGGCGCCCUGCAUUCUCCGGAGGGUACACAUGUUUCCGGAGCCCCAGUUUUACUCAUGGUAGAUACUGUCUUGUAAGCAAGCGCCGUGCAACAUCUAGAAACUGGGUUUUUGCGUCCAGUGAUGAAUGAUUUGUCACUAAAUUGAAUGAUGAAGGAUUGAUGUUUGCUGUGACAUUUCCCUUGC